AUGUUGAAGUCAUAACAAGUCAAAUUAAAAAACUUAAUAUAGAACAGCAAUAUCAAGAAGCAGAUACAUACUACUUUACAGAAACAAGAAUGAAAGUUGAAAAAGAAAAGAUCAAUAAAAAUGUACUAGUAAAACCAACAGAAACUAAACAAAUAGA